UACCACAAAAAGAUCUGUGAGGCUCUUGGCAUCCGAAAAUCGCUUGUAUACAGAACUCUGCAGCUCUAUGACACACUCGCUGAUGUUACCAACACAAAUUCACGCAAAGCAGGCCGUCGUCGCAGUGUCGAUUUUGAGGACAUAAACUAUAUCAAGUCUCGCUGCCAUUUGCACAGCUCCGGUGACUUGCUCUCAUUCCGAACUGUGAAGAUUUCAUUACUUGCAGAAAUUAUUCCUGAUCCGGAGAUGUUGAUGUUUGGAGACGAGGCUGCAAAGAACAAGCUCACCCUAGCUCGACAGAUGGGAUGCUCAGCACGGGGAACACGUUGUGUUCAGUCCAGAUGCUUUGUCCGAGGAACGCGGCGGUCUAUUCUGCCUAUCCUCACCCUCGAUGGCAUUAUCACCCAUGAUAUCAUGCAUGGCCCAGUGACGAGCAAGCGUUUCAUUGGUAUCUAUGAAAACGCGUCAGAGAUCUCCGCUCGCAGCUACAAUAUCUCUAGCGUUCUAAUGUCCAUCAUGUCAUGA